CCGUCUCAAAUCUCAAGGCCGUUUUUUGGGAUCCAGAUUGGUUUAUCUGGAUCCGAAAGGGAGUGUUCCAGGACCCGGACUUCGAGUCCUGUGCUUUUUGCUUCUACAUUGAAGGAUCGAAGCCAUUUCAACUUCUACACAGAAGGAACUCUCAGAAUCUGUUUCAUCUCUGAUCCAAACAUGGCUGCCAAUUUCUGGUCAUCCUCUCACCAGAAACAGCUUUUGGAGCAGGAAGAGGUGGAUGUAGUGCACCCACUUGAUAAAGAGAAGGGAAUCACUCUUGAGGAUUUCAAGCUCAUAAAGAUGCACAUGGCCAAUAAUAUAUUGAAAUUGGCGCAAUUUGUAAAAGUGAGGCAAAGGGUUGUAGCUACUGCAGUAUCAUAUAUGAGACGAGUUUACACCAGAAAGAGUAUGACAGAAUAUGAUCCACGUCUCGUGGCUCCAACCUGCUUGUACCUUGCAUCAAAAGCAGAAGAAAGCACAGUGCAGGCCAGGCUUCUCGUAUUUUACCUUAAAAAAAUGCAUGCUGAUGAAAAGCAUAGGUAUGAGAUCAAAGACAUCCUUGAAAUGGAAAUGAAGAUCUUAGAAGCACUCAACUACUAUUUAGUUGUAUUCCAUCCUUACCGAGCAUUGUCUCAGUUGCUUCAUGAUGCAGGCCUGAAUGAUAUAAUUAUGACUCAAAUAACUUGGGGACUUGUGAAUGACACUUACAAGAUGGACCUUAUUCUUGUACAUCCUCCACAUCUGAUAGCUUUAGCUUGCCUUUACAUUGCUAGCGUACUCAAGGAAAAAGAUACCACUGCCUGGUUUGAAGAGCUCCGUGUUGAUAUGAAUGUGGUGAAAAAUAUCUCCAUGGAGAUACUAGACUUUUAUGAAAACCACAGAAUGAUCUCAGAGGAGAGAAUCAAUGCUGCUGUCAGCAAGCUAAAUUUCAAGCCAUAAAUGGUUAGGAUACUCUGCUUCCUGUUGGAAAAUGAUGCUAUUUAUCUUUGUUAGGACCAAGAUAGAGUUGCUGGUCUUUAUGGUAUUGGAAGCCUAUCAACUCGCUCUUUAUGAAGCAAAGUGGGUUAGCUUGCUGCCAUACUCGUCAAAAGGGGCAGAAAAUGUUAGAGGUGACAUGCUCUGUAGGAUCACCAUGUUGUGAAAGAGAUGAUUAAUGUGGCAAAGUUCACAUAAGAAAAAGCUAGUUGAUAAAUCAGUCUAGUUGCUUGUAGCUUUUUCCAUGUAUGCAAACAUUUACCUGAUUUAAUGUCAAUUGGAUUUGUUCAAA